AUGGCAAGUAAUCAACCCGCACCCAGCAAACGCGGUAUUGUCUCCUACGGCUCCUACAAGACAGGAGGAUGGAAGCUCAAGGACAUCACUCUCCGUCCCUUAAAAGAGAAAGAACUCCUGGUCGAGAUCGUAGCCUCGGGAAUCUGCCAGACAGAUCUGCAUUUUGCAGGCGCGGAGAGUGGAUUCGGCGUGCACUAUCCCCGGAUCAUGGGCCAUGAAGGCGCCGGAUACGUCCGCGGAGUGGGCCCCGGGACACACAUUGCCCAAGUGGGCGACCCGGUCAUCCUCUCCUUCUCCGCGUGCAAGGGCUGCGAGCCCUGCGAGAGAGGCCAUCCCGCGCAUUGUGUCAACUUCGACGCGAUAAAUUUCGAGGUGGAGGCCGACAACCUUGUCUUCAGUGAGGCAUCCACCGCGGGGGAGCCGAGCAUCUACGGGAGAUUCUUCGGCCAGUCGAGUUUCUCGAGCUACUCGAUCGUCCGCGAAGACUCAGUGGUCAAUGUGCGCGGGGUGGUCGAGACCAAGUCGGAGCUGCAGUUGCUGUCGCCUCUGGGAUGUGGGAUUCAGACCGGGAGCGGGGCGAUCCUCAAUGCAGCAAAGGCUACUGCGAAGGAUCGGGUGGCUGUCUUGGGUCUCGGAGGGGUCGGGUUGAGUGCCGUCAUGGGCGCGAAGAUUGCAGGCUGUGCGCAGAUUAUCGGCGUUGAUCGACAUGCUUCGCGUCUGGAAUUGGCGAAGCAACUGGGUGCUACGGAUGUAGUUCGGGUGGAUACAACGGCGGACCCGCAGACUGUAUCAGAUGCUGUUCUGGCGGUGACGAAGAACCUGGGUGUUAACAUCGUGCUGGACACGACUGGUGUGCCGGCGCUGAUUGCCCAAGGGGUCAGGAUGGCCUCAUGCAAGGGGAAGAUUCUGCAGGUUGGCACGGCGCCGGAGACGGGGACGUUGACAAUCCCGAUCCAUGAGUUCAUGGUAUCAGGGAAGCAGUUUAUGGGGGUGGUGGAGGGAGACGUGAAUCCAAAGGAGUAUGUGCCUAAGAUGGUCCAAUGGGUGCAAGACGGGAGUCUGCCUCUGCGAAAGAUUGUCAGAUUUUACAAGGCCGAGGACUUUGAGCAGGCGAUCCGUGAUAUGCAGUCGGGGGAGACGAUCAAGCCAGUCAUUUUAUGGUAG